AAUCCGGCCGCAGUUACCAAAAGCCACUGACCCCGGAAUGCUGGCCCCAGGGAGAGAGGGUGUCAGGAAGGCCCCCUCCCUGCCAGAUGGGCCUUGGGUCUGACUCCCAGGGGUGGGGCUGCGCUGGAGGUUAUAAAACGGCUGCAGGGGGGACUAGAAGCUUCGCUUUCUCUUUGGAGAAGCUUCCUUCAGCACAAACAGGAAAAUAACAGAAACGUCCAGAGCUGGGGACGCAGUCCUGGGAUGGGGACACUUCAGGUCUCCUGCACUGGAGCUAGGAAGGCCGCUUCUCCCACAGGGAACUUCAAUCUGCAUUUAAGGCACCUGUGUCCUGAGAGAGCCGCGUUCCACAUGGUCCUCCUACGGCUCACGCUGCUGCUGAUGCCCGUGCCCUGCCUCCUGCAAACGAACCAAAUUUCAAAUCCACCCAUCAAGAACUUAAGGAUGGAACCCAAGACUCAGAUGUUGACCUGGGACGUCGAUGGGAAUGUUACCGGUAUCCAGUGCGUGAAAGGUGCAGACUAUGAAAUAGAGGCAAUGAAUAAUCGCUACUGCCAGUUUGCAGCCAUUUCCCUAUGUGAGGUGACCAACUACACCGUCGUGGUGGCCAGCCCGCCGUUCUCAGCCUCGAUCCUGUUCCCGGAGGACGGUGGGAAUUCGCAGGCAGCCGCGCAAAACCUGACCUGCUGGGUUCACGAGGUGGACCUCAUGAGCUGCAGCUGGGCCGUGGGUCCGGAGGCCCCCGGCGACACCCAGUACCACCUGUCGGUCAACCAUCCCGAGAGCCAGGAGCAGCACCCCUGUGUCCACUACAACACGAAUGAGCGAGGAACUCACAUUGGCUGCGUCUUCAGUGACGUCUCUGCCAUCUCCAGCGGGUCUCCAACAGCCUUCAUCCUGGUGAGGGGCUCGAGCGAAGCCUUCCGUGUCCCCUGCGUAGACCAGCAUGUCGUGUUUUCAGAGAUCGAGAUACUAACUCCACCCAACUUGACUGCAAAGUGUAAUAAAACACAUUCUUUCAUGGACUGGGAAAUGAGAAGUCAUUUUAAUCCCAAUUUUCACUAUGAGCUUCAGAUACAAAAGGUAAACUCUCACCCCGCGUGGACCUCCCUUAUUUCUGAGCAAGCAGCCUGUAAUCACAGAACAGGUCAAAGGCAUGACCUCAUUCCAGCUGCUCAAUCCUGGAACAUACACAGUGAAAAUAAGAGCCCAGGAGAUCUACGAUCAAUUCUGGACUGCCUGGAGCAGCCCCCAGCGCUUCGAGUGCGAUCAGGAGGAGGGCCCGCACACCCGAGCCUGGCGGACGUCACUGCUCAUCGCGCUGGGGACGCUGCUGGCCUUGAUCUGUGUUGUCCUGCUCUGCAAAAGGUACCUUGUGAUGGAGAGACUGUUUCCCCGCAUCCCUCACAUGAAAGACCCCAUGGGUGACGGCUUCCGAAACGACAAGCUGGUGGUCUGGGAGGUGGGCAGAGCCGGCCUGGAGGAGUGCCCAGUGACGGAGAUACAGGUCGUGGAGAAAACCUGAGACCCGGCUCAGGGCCCGUCAGUGCUGCCUGCUUCUCCCUGGCCGGUCCAGGUGCCCGCACAGACUGGGUGCUGGACGCACGUUCCUGACCUUGGUGGACACAGGAGAGGCCCCUGCUGUUCAGUCCCAAGCUGCUGGGAAGAGGAAAGAACAGAACUGUGUGUGUUUAUUUCACAAUAAACUGGUUUU